AUGUCUCUUUUUCCUAGCGAAAGCGGCUUGUCCGCUACCGCGACUGAUUGCUCCUCCAACAUCGCGUCGUCGAGCUCCACGCCCCCUACCAGCAUUUCAGACAUUGCCAGCCAGGCCUCGGACGGCCCCAAACUAGACGAUGUGCCCGUCCUCCUCGAGACCGAAACUCAUAUCGAAGCACAAAUUGAGGCUCAUAUCGAAAUUGCUGCCGAGCCUGCCACUAUUACUACACACGCUACCAUAACCGCCGAGUCAACCCCCGAGACGAUCGCAGAACCCCAGCAACCCCAAGAGUCUCAAGACUCCCAACAACCUGAGCCUGAAGCCCAAGAACCCCAGUCGGCACCUCGCCCACGUCGUUCCUGCUCCGGCAAGGGAACAUACAACCUGUCUGAGCUGAGCGGCACCGCCAACCGCGGAAAGCGACGCGCCAAGGGCGACGAUGUGGCCAGCAGCCGCCGCAGGACGAUCUCUGGCGAUACUCUUGUAAAUGGCGACAGUGAUGCCGUUGCCGGCAUUGCUGGCAACCUAGUCCGCGACGGAAUUGACGCGUUGGACCUCCAAUGGUCCGUUGGCGAUCUCAAGACCCCGCGUGCGAAGAAGGCCAAGACAGAAAAGCCAGAGACGAAACGCCUCACCCGUCAUACCUCGCGACUUUUCAACACUCCUGUGGAAUCGCUUGCGACCAAGGUUUCCAGCCUCGGCAAGCGAAGCCGCAAGACCUUCGAGCAGAAAGUUACCAAGAUGUCUCGUGAGCUGCGCCGACUUCAGGACACAAACGAAUUCGCUGGCGUGGAGGAGAAGCCUGUCAUCAGGACAGUUUGGUCUAACGGAAAGCUUGUAAUUGUGGACCAAAAUGGCGACCCGAUCCAGCCCAAGAAGAAAGCCAGAUCCGAAGAGCCCAAGAAGGAAGAAGCGGCAGAGGAGAAGCCUGCGGAAGCUGCUCCAGCCAAAAAGACGAAGCGCACCAAGAAGUACCUCGAUCGCGGACUGUACGCUGGCCAGAGUGCUCCCUCAGAUCUUACCAAGGGUCUUUCGAAUGCCGAGCAAAAGAAGCUCGCCCAGAUUCCCGAAUUGCAAGAUUACGGCCGCCCCAACAAGGCGCUUCCGCUGCCCAUGUUUAGCGGUUUGCGCCUACUUCUGGCCGGACGCGAUUUCAAGCUGCCGUACGAUGUCUGUAACCCUCUGCCGCCCGGACAGCCCAAGCCCGACGAGUUCCGGAAGAUGACGAAGAACCGGUUCAUUGGCGACUCGAUCAUCUACUGGAAGAAGACACCGCACUUCGUGGAUCAGUCCAAGUGCGUUUGCAAGCCCGAGGACGGCUGCGGCGAAAGCUGCCAAAACCGAAUCAUGCUAUACGAGUGUGACGACAAGAAUUGCAAUGUCGGCCGGGAGCACUGCACGAACCGCGCCUUUGCCGAUCUUCAAGAGAGAAAGGCGGGCGGUGGCAAGUACAGAGUUGGCGUCGAGGUCAUCAAGACUGCAGACCGUGGCUACGGAAUCCGCGCGAACCGCUGCUUCGAGGCGAACCAGAUCAUCAUGGAAUACACGGGCGAGAUCAUUACUGACGAGGAGUGCACACAUCGCAUGGAGACAAAGUACAAGGACAACAAGUGCUACUACCUCAUGAGCUUCGACCAAAACAUGAUCAUUGAUGCGACGACCGGUAGUAUCGCUCGCUUCGUCAACCACUCAUGUGCACCCAACUGCCGGAUGAUCAAAUGGAUCGUUUCUGGCCAGCCUAGGAUGGCGCUUUUUGCGGGAGACCGGCCCAUCAUGACGGGAGACGAGCUUACCUACGACUACAACUUCAGCCCUUUCAGUGACGAUAACGUGCAGACGUGUCUCUGCGGCGCACCGAACUGUCGCGGUAUUUUGGGCCCUAAGCCUCAGGAAGUCAAGCAGCCCAAGCCGCCCAAGUCGACACUCAAGGCCGUAGUGAAGGGCGCUGUGAAGGCCAGCAAGCGCAAGCUCGAGGCGUUAGUUGGCGAUGACAAUGAGGCUGGUGGUGCUGCGAAGAAGCGCAAGAUCAAGGCUGCUAAGGGAACUAGGCACUCCCUCUCGGCGACGACGAGCCUGAAGACUGUCAGCAAGGCCGCGACCAAGGGAGCGGCCACGGUUAAGAGACGUGUGUCGGCCAUGGCAAUCCUAAGCGGCAACGCGAAGACGACCCCGGCGAAGGGAACUCCCGCGAAAUUGGCAGUCAAGAAGGCCAUACCAAAGAAGUCGACUCCCAAGAAGUACACGGCUCCGAGUGCGGCGCGCAAAGCGACAACGGUUCGUAAAUCGGGCACUGGCAAGAUGCUGAAGACGUACGGAAAGGGGUCGCCUAAGAAGGUCUCCAGCCGCGCACCCAGCAUGACGAUCGUGGCCGCCGGUACUGGCGAUGACGACUCUUCCCCUAUGACCUCGCCCGACACAGUCGCCACCAAGCUGCACAGAAGCCUGAGCAAGGCCUCUCGCAAUGCGCUGGAGGAACUCUCGCGGGAGUCUACCAUCAGGCUCGUGAGCCCCGAGCUCGUCAGCCCCGCGGCAACCAUCACGGCUCGUCACGAUUAG